ACUUCUUAUUUCAAAAUGAGACCCAUGAUUGUUAUUGCUUGCCUGGCGCUGGCGUGUGGAGCCCAUGCUUCCGGUUGGGCCGGUCCUCCGGCUAACAUUGCUCUGUCUCAGGACGGACGCAACAUCUUAGACACGCCUGAAGUAGCACAGGCGCGGGCAGCCCACUACGCCGCUCUCCAAAAAGCAUCCCAAAACAACCCCAACCCACAAGACGACGGUUCAUACGAUCCCCGCUGGAACAACGAAGAGUACUGGCAGGGUGCUGAACAAAAAUGGAACGGUGGUGCUGCUCAACAAUGGAACUCUGCUCCUGCUCAACAGUGGAGCGACAACUCUGGCCAAUGGAACGACAACUCUGGCCAAUGGAACGACAACUCUGGCCAAUGGAACAACGACCGCUCUGGUCAAUGGAAUGACAACUCUGGUCAGUGGAACGGUGACUCUGGUAACCAAUGGAACUCUGCCCCCGCUGCCCCCGCAUGGAACGCUGCACCCGCAUGGAAUGCUGCCGGACACGCUCCUGCCCCUGUCGCUGAAACUCCUGAAGUAGCGCAAGCUCGUGCUGCCCACCUCGCUGCUCUCUCUGCUGCCAACAGCGCACCUAACCACAACCAGUGGAACGCUCCCGCCAACAACCAGUGGAACGCUCCUCAACAGAAAUGGAACGGUGCCCCCUCAUGGCAAGGCCCUCCCGCUCAAAUCAGACUUGCCCAUAACGGUGCUGGUAUCUUGGAGACCCCUGAGGUAGCUGCUGCCCGUGCUGCUCACUUAGCGGCUCACCAACAAGUUGCCCACGCUGCUCCCGCUCACCCCCAGCAGCGCUGGUGAUUUCUUAACCGUCUUUCCUUUCUGGGUAGCGCUCCGGGGCAUCUCUAGGGUGUUACUUUCUCGAUGAGUGCGGGCAGGUGACAUCCUGGAGAAACGUUGGGAUACCCACUUUCCUUCGAUCUCUUCUUCGUUUAGUAAUAUUUUCAAAGUGCUAGUGCGUCGGACAUUUUCUUCCUUUAGCUUUUGUUACUUUCUCUAAGAAAUUCCUAUUAUACGAUUUUUGUACAUAAUAAAUAAUUAUAUGUAUGCGUAAACGAAAUAUAACCAAAAAUAUUAAAAA